UACAGCGUGAACCUUGAAGCUACACGGCAGCUCGUGCUUUCUCCCGCCUCCCGUCCAGGACUCCAUGAAGCGUUUUUGGACUCUGUUCGUCCGCAGUCUGGUCGAUGUUUCUAAGGCCAGACCGUGGCUCCAGAAGAGAAUCCAAAAGAAGGAGGAAAAGACAGAACACACCAGAAACAAGACCGAACUACACCAAGAUUCAACCGGGCUGGAUAAGAUCUUCGUCCCCGUGUUUCUGCGCUCCAGUGAGCAGGUUCUGACCAAGGUUCCUGUCACUGCUGCGACACGGUGUAGAGACGUGCUGGAGUUCUGCAGGGAGGCCGGAGAGAGCGGCUGCCGCCUCAUACAAGUCUGCAAAGGAAAAGAGAGAGACAUACCUUCAGAUCACUUGAUGCUGGAGUAUCUGCAGAAAUGGGGUCAGAGGAGGCAGGAGGUGAAGUUUUACCUGCUGCAUGAGAACGAGCUCAGCAGCAGAGAAAGACCAACAUCAGAGCAUCUGAGCAGAAAGAUGAAGGGGACGAUGGACAGAUCCAGUGUGAAUGAGAUGGGGACUCCGCGUGUGGAGCUGACUCUGUCUGAGCUGCAGGAGAUGGCCGUACGUCAGCAGCAGCAAAUCGAGGCUCAGCAACAGAUGCUCAUGGCAAAGGAACAGCGCUUGCGCUAUCUAAAACAGCAGGAUCUUCACCAGGGCCCGGCCACACCAGAGUCAGAGAAACUACAGCGGCUUAGAGAGAGAGUGGAGAAUCAGGAGGCCAAGCUGAAGAAAAUCCGUGCCAUGAGGGGGCAAGUGGACUACAGCAAGUUGAUCAAUGGAAACCUGUCGGCAGAGAUUGAGCAUGUGAGCAGCCUGUUCCAGGAGAAGCAGGUCGAGCUGCAGCAGGCCGUGAUGAAGGUGGAGCAGCUCACACAGCAGCUGGAGGACCUGAGGAGCAAACGCAUUACAGAGUCACAGCCUACAGGGGGCAGCGCGCUGGAGCUCCACAAACUGCACCAGGAGCUGCAGAUGAGGAACAAGCUGAAUCAGGAGCAGAACAGUAAACUCCAGCAGCACAAGGACAUGCUGAACAAACGCAACCUGGAGGUGAGCAUGAUGGACCGCCGCAUCGAGGAGCUGAGAGAGCGCCUCUACAGGAAGAAAGCUGAGUUAGGGCAGAUGAGCACUCUCUCAUCCCCUCAGUCGGCCCCCAUCACUUCAGGUCGUGUCGCAGCCGUGUUUCCCUACAUCCAAGUUCCCACAUCGACUGGGAGGCAGAACGAAGGCUACCCUUUGCCCCCUGAUACACUUAAACCGCACCAACUUCCUGCCCAAAUCAGCCACACUCGCUCCAGAUCAGACGAUGAUAGAGUGAGGAAGCCUGUUGGACCAUGGAAGGUCUCAGACCUAGACAUCAUAGUGAACUGUGAGGUGACCCUUGACCCCAGAGACCAUCCCACUCCAAACGAUGCGAAUUGGAACAUGGCCUCUCUCAAAGCCCCGGACUGGAAGGACACAAGCCAGAACCCGGGCAAAAUGGCUCCCGGUGAUAAGGGAUCUGCUAAAGUACUGGGCACUAUAACGACCUUGUCCAAACAUCCUCCCCCGAUCUACGGCACGUACCCCAGCGUGGGACAUCACUCCACCGUCUGUGCCACUAACUCUCUGCCCCGCUCAGCACCAGGCACUCUGUCCUGGCACAGAUCCUCCGGUUCCUCAUCGCAGCAGAUCCAGCAGAGGAUCACCGUCCCCCCGAGUCCCACGCCCUCAGCCGGCUCGCCUGUCUUGACCCCGAGUGAGAGAAGUAAUGACGCCCCUCUGGCUGCAGCAGUUCGGCCGUUUUAUACGGAACGGGGGUCACGACCUCAGUCUCCACGCAAGGGUCCUGCUACGAUGAACUCUAGCUCCAUUUAUCACAUGUACCUGCAGCAGCCAGCGGCCAAAAACUACCAAAGCAGCAGCACCAGAUCUGCAGUGAAAGCAGUGUAUGGAAAGCCGUUGCUGCCGAGCUCCGUCUCCUCAUCCCCUGUCCCCUUCCAGCACCAGUCCACCAGAGACGUCUCGGAGCGCGAGUCUGAACCCGUGAUUAGCCACAAUCCCCAACCCAGCAUGGAGAACAUCCCUCGCCCCCUGAGCCCCACUAAACUCACCCCGGCUCACUCGCCCCUGCGCUACCAGAGUGACAUCGACCUGGAGCUGCUGAGGAGAAAGCUUGCCAAUGCUCCUCGUCCUCUUAAAAAGCGGAGCUCCAUCACCGAGCCUGAGGGUCCCAAUGGUCCCAACAUCCAGAAACUUCUCUACCAGCGCUUCAACACACUUGUUGGUGGCAUGGAAACGGUUACACCAUUUUUCCAACCAGACACUGCUGUGACUUUAACAGGUGAUGUUGAUUCUGUUAACGGAAAUGUUACCGAAACGCCUAUAAAAGCUGCUGUAGAGCCAACACCAACGUCUGUCUCCGAUCCUGGACCGUCACCCGCACCUGAUGCUAAUGAGAAUCAAAUGGCGCAAACGGCUAAUCAUACUGAAACUCCAGAGAUUACAGACACCAUGGAUCCUAAAGAAGGUCCUGAGGAUAGUCAUAACAACAAUAAGUCGUCGUUAGAUGCAGAUGAAGAGUCCACGGCAGAGGAGAAAGAAGACACGGAGCAGAACACGGUGAAGAGGACGAACCUGAAAAAGCCUGGUUCUGAGAGAACGGGUCACGGUCUGAGGGUGAAGUUUAACCCGCUGGCGCUGCUCCUGGACGCAUCUCUGGAGGGCGAGUUUGACCUGGUGCAGAGGAUUAUAUAUGAGGUGGAGAACCCCAGCACUCCGAAUGAUGAAGGCAUCACGCCGCUUCACAACGCUGUGUGUGCUGGUCAUUAUCACAUCGUGAAGUUCCUGCUGGAUUUCGGAGUGAACAUCAACGCAGCAGACAGCGACGGAUGGACACCGCUGCACUGCGCCGCCUCGUGUAACAGCGUACAUCUGUGUAAGCUCCUGGUGGAGUCAGGGGCGGCCAUCUUCGCCACCACCAUCAGUGACGUGGAGACGGCGGCGGAUAAGUGCGAGGAGAUGGAGAACGGCUAUGUGCAGUGCUCACAGUUUCUUUAUGGUGUGCAAGAGAAGUUGGGGGUGAUGAAUAAGGGGACUGUUUACGCUCUGUGGGAUUAUGAAGCUCAGAGUCCGGAUGAGCUCUCGUUCCGUGAUGGAGACGCUCUAACAGUGCUGAAGCGCAGAGAUGAGAGUGAGACUGAGUGGUGGUGGGCCAGACUUAAUGACAAGGAGGGCUACAUUCCUCGAAACUUGCUGGGGUUGUACCCGAGGAUCAAACCCCGACAGCGGUCCCUGGCAUAGUGUCCCCUGAUGGACAAGAACCCCAAACUGGACAUUUUCAUCUUUUAGUGCCACCAAGAUAAGCCGAGGGCGUGGCAGCUAUAAACUGAGACUGAAGCUUGGAUUCAUUUAUCUGCCAGGAGAGAUUUGCUGAUCAGUGCUCCGUUUUUAGCCUGCAAAACGGAUCUUACUUGGGUUUAUUUUUUAAAAUCCCUUUCACCCAGAUGUCUGUGAGAUGGAAACACACUGGUUUUCCUGUUUCCUUUUGCACUGGUGUUUGUGGGAUAUGAAAGUGAUGACACUCUGAGACAGCUGGCGAAGGGAGCUUUGUGUAUUUUUGUUGGACAAAGGAAAGACUCAAGGACAUAACACUGUCUACUGAACAGCUGAUUCAACGACAAGGAAGGAAGAACGGCGCUAGAAAGUGCAGAGAGAGAGACAUUAGAAUAAGAGUGCAGAUGAAAUGUUGAGAAGUGUGCAGUCAUGGAAGUAUAAGAGAGGAGAAAUUGUAAGUUAAAUAAGCAAUGGUGGUAAGAAAGUUAUGAAAAAUGGAAAAAGUCUGUGUUUUUCAUCCAGGAAGAAAAUAAAAGCUCUACACACCUGCAUUAAUACAUUAAAGCCAAAUGCACAUGAACAACCGAGACACAUUUGGUGUAAUACAUUUUACGUGUUUAAAUAUGACCUGAAGCCACCAGACUCAUGUGGCCAAAGCCUCCACUUUAACAGAUCAUCACACACUCGCCACAAAAAUCUUGUUUCAGUUUCAUAAAAUAUCAUGAUGAGUCCCUUAUACAAGCAGAUUGUGUGAAGCCAAACUCCUGGCCUUGUUGCUGAAGUGAAAACUAAUGAAGCGAUCUCCAGACACUGACUGCGUCUCAGCUGAUUGUCUGCAAUUGGUGUUAAUAAAAUGUCAUUUAGCCUGAAAUGUUUUUUUUUUUUUAUGUUUUAUCGAUCUCCUCUUAGUUUUUAAAAGCUCUUUGUAACACAUAGGAGAUGAAUUGCUUUAAGGGUUCAGGUGUAUGAGUGAUGCACUUGACAGCAGAUAAUAAUAAUGAUCAGUGAUAAUCAUAAUAAUGCAGUAUAAGAGCCUGAACCUGAGUCUGACUCUGCGCUAUCCUUCAUGCCACAUGCCAUGUAAAUGUGCACAAUAAAGACGUUCUCAAAUUGUCAAAA